AUGGAAAAUGUGUAUAACCGCACAAGCGGGAUAAUAAAGAAUCCGACUGUGCAUCGUAUCAAUGCGUGUGAGAGUCGUUCCCGUCCUUUCACGGAUGCUGAAACUCGGCAACAGUCCACAUUUGGAUUUAAUGCAGGAGUAUUUCUAGCAGAGGAAGGUGUAGGACAGUAUCGAAAUUUCAUCGAUUUGAUCCGCCUUUUGAAAAACAAAUCGCUAGUUAUUUCCAUCUUCUUACGUACAGAAGUUACUUUGUUCACCACUGCACACAGUAAUUUCUGUCAGCAAUCACGCUGGGCGAUUUCUGCGUGCCGUCAGCUUGCAGGCCCGUAUCCUGCAGCAGCGGUUCGUGCCGCGCCACAGCUUCCCCAGUGCAGCUGCUCUGUACCAAACCACAAGCAACGGCACCGAGCCCUUGCUAGAAUUCCUCGUUUCAAUGAGCAAGCGACCGGCGCAGUUGCCAACUCACCUGAUCUGAUUUCUAAACCCAUUUCAGCCCAGCAGCACAACGCUGUGUGGAAACCUGGCCCGAAGGACCCUUAUUUUAACCGGGGAGCGCACCAGCAGCAUCAGCACCAGCCGCGGCUCCCCAGCGCCGAGGAGAAAGUGCCUGUGAUCAGACCCAGGCGGAGGUCUAGCUGCGUAUCCCUCGGGGAGACUUCGGCCGGCUACCACGGCAGCUGCAAAAUGUUUAGUAGGAGACCCUCAUUGCCUUGCAUUUCCAGAGAGCAGAUGAUACUUUGGGAUUGGGAUUUGAAGCAAUGGUACAAGCCCUAUUACCAGAAUGCUGGCAGUGGAAAUGGAGUUGAUCUUUCAGUACUAAAUGAGGCUCAGAGCAUGCUAACAGACCUCCUGACUGACCCAUCCCUUCCACCACAAGCGAUUUCUUCUCUUCGAAGCAUUAAUGGUUUGAUUGGUGCUUUCUCAGGCACGUGCAGGCCAAAGGCUAGUCCAUUCACACCCUCAAGGUCAAAUGAAUUUAAGUUUCAUUCGUGUGGGAUAAAUAGCAGGAGUAGCCUGCCAACACCACAGCUGAGACGAACUUCAGGAGUUUCUGGCAUUCCACCUAUAGAAUCAACAUCUUCUAGGUGGGAACGGAGUAACAGCAAGAGAUCUCAUCAGGAAUAUAACACAUCAAGCCAAGGAUCUCAUUCAAAUGGGUCUUUUGGUGCAAAUUUGCUGACAAUACCAAAACAAAGAUCAUCAUCUAUGACAUUGACUCAUCAUAUAGGUCCCAGACGAGCAGGUGCUUCUCCUGGCCUGAGUCCUGUGGGUUCACCUAGUCAUACAUCUGUCUCCAGUGGGGCUUUCAGCAGCUGGUCACCUGUAGAAUUUCCUGAUACUGCUGAUUUUCUUACAAAACCAAGUAUUAAUAUACAUAAGCCUCUGGGAUACACAAUUAGUUCUCCAGAUUUUCAGCAGCAAGUCAAAACACCUGUAGGUUAUAUGUGUAGCAGCUGUGGACGUCAGAUACUCAAGCCUGUUCCAGCACCAGAACCAGAAUUUGCAGAAUAUAAAGACAGAAAAUCAGGUGAAAUUGGAAGUGCUAGUGUUUCAAAAGAAUCUUUCCACCAUACAGAGAAGAAAAUAGAGGAAAGGAAGGAAGUGACUGAUCAAACACAGAAUAAUCUGCUUGUGGAGCAGAGUCCUACAUUAGAAAAAAUGUCAUUAGACCAUGAUUCACUAAUGGAGAAGAUGAACAAUUGGAAUUUCCAAAUUUUUGACCUUGUACAAGAAAUGCGAGACCAGUCUGGAAGGAUCCUUAGCCAGGUAACUUAUACCUUGUUUCAAGACACUGGUUUGUUUGAAAUUUUCAAAAUCCCAACUCAAGAAUUCAUGAAUUACUUCCGUGCACUAGAAGAUGGCUACCGAGAUAUUCCUUAUCACAAUCGUAUACAUGCCACAGAUGUUCUUCAUGCAGUAUGGUAUCUGACAACACGGCCUAUUCCUGGAUUUCAGCAAACUCAAAAUGAGCAUAUAAUGGGAAGUGAUAUGGAUGAAGCCAGUGGUAUUGCCCCUGUUCAAGUUAGCUAUAUUUCUUCAAAGAAUUUUUCUGCUUUGGAAUUGAUGGCUUUGUAUGUAGCAGCUGCCAUGCAUGAUUAUGAUCAUCCUGGUCGUACAAAUGCCUUUCUGGUCGCCACAAAUGCACCUCAGGCUGUUCUCUACAAUGACAGAUCAGUCUUAGAAAAUCACCAUGCUGCUUCUGCCUGGAAUCUUUUCUUAUCACGACCAGAAUACAACUUUUUAUCAAAUCUUGAUCAUGUAGAAUUCAAGCGUUUUCGUUUCUUAGUGAUUGAAGCAAUCCUUGCCACAGAUCUCAAGAAGCAUUUUGAUUUCCUUGCAGAAUUUAAUGCCAAGGUAAAUGAUAUUAACAGUCAUGGUAUAGAAUGGAGCAAUGAAAAUGAUCGCCUACUGGCCUGUCAAAUAUGCAUUAAACUGGCAGAUAUUAAUGGCCCAGCAAAAAUGAGAGAGCUGCAUCUGAAAUGGACAGAAGGCAUUGUUAAUGAAUUUUAUGAACAGGGUGAUGAAGAGGCAAGUCUUGGAUUACCUAUAAGCCCCUUCAUGGAUCGUUCUUCUCCACAGCUUGCAAAACUGCAAGAAUCUUUCAUCACUCACAUAGUUGGUCCCCUUUGUAAUUCCUAUAAUGCAGCUGGGUUGCUUCCAGGGCAAUGGGUUGAUGAAGAGGAGGAUGAUGCAGAAAGUACUGAAGAUGAUGAUGGAGCACAGUUAGACAGCGAUGUUGAAGAAAUGGAAGAUGAUCUCAUUUUAAAAGCUCAAAGGAAAAAAGGUAGACGAAUAUUUUGCCAGCUAAUACACCAUCUCAGUGAAAAUCACAAAAUAUGGAAGAAACUGAUUGAAGAGGAAGAAAAAAAUAAAGCUGAAGGAACUAAACUGCUGACUGAGAUCUCAUCUUUACCUCAAGCAGAUGAAAUUCAGGUUAUUGAGGAAGCUGAUGAAGAAGAUGAGCGACAACUAGGAGAAUACAAGACAUGCUAAGAAAACUUCAGUGGUCUCCAGUAUGAUGACAGCCUAUUUUUUUUCCACUGUGCUGACUUUAGCCUGACACAGUUCACAUAAAAUUGAAAGGCCUUAAUACUGUGAGAGGAUUCUUUCUACUCCAGUGGAAUCCCCACUCCUAUGCACUUUUGCCACACAGCAUAUGAAACUUUAUUCAAAGAUUGAGUAUUGUAUACCCUGAUGCAAAGUUCUUUAUGCCUUAGUUGGUAUAAAAUAUCCUGAUAUAAUGCUGCCUUGCUGAAUAUGGAACUCUUAUUUUCCUUGAGGUACCUGCAAUUUUUAAAAACAUUCAGUAACUUCAGUUACCAAAGUGGCAAGGACUUUUGCUGACAAGGAGAUGUGGAAUGAAUCCUAGUAUUGUCUUGAGUUGUUUAUUUCAUGUUAUUUUGAACAUGAAUAAGAAAAAGUCUGUGCCUAUAUGAGAACUGUGUUACUGUUGCAGUGCACGCCUGUUGUGGGGUGUCUACUUAGUGCAGUAGCGUGCUUAAUGUAGUCAUCUCAGAGCAACUGUUCAAGGACUAUGACAUAAAUGCUGAAUUCUGGUAUUUGUGGUUUAAAAAAGAAAAAAAAUCUAGGUGCAUCUA